GGAUUCCUCACCAGGGACCCCAUUCGCCCAUGGCAGCGGAUCCCGCGGCGUGAUCCACGGUUUCCUGGCGCGCCGCGAUAGUUGGGCGAAGGUUAAUUUCAGGGGGGCGUGCGUGUGCGAGUUGGUUGAUCAUCGCAAGAAGUCAUGGGUGAUCAAGGAAGUUUUUUGCAGCUUGCGUGCGCCGAGUUUCUGGGGAAGCCGAAGGCGUAUUCUGGGCGGCGAACAGACUGGUUUCAAUGGAAGUAUGCGUCCAAGGCAUAUGCUGGCACUUUGGACGGAGAUCUUCCGGAAAGUUUAGAGCAGACCGAGCGCCUGAUCAGCCCGGUUCCAGUCAGCGGACUCAAUGAGGUUCGACGAGGACAGAUCAUAACGUUGGCUCUCAUUAUAUCCCAGGUGCUUCAAGGUAGUUCUCUUCAGUUGGUGAUGAACGUCCCCGGUUGUCGCGGUCAAGGGGCUUGGCGACGGCUGGCUCGUUUAGAAGAGCCUGCGACUGGAGCGGCUCAGGUCCCGCAGUUGAUGUGUGUUCUCAACGCUAAAGUUGACGGCGGGCCGACUAAGUUUGCAGAGCAGUUUCAGAUUUUGGAGAGUAGGUUCCAGGCGCGCGAGAAGCAGCACAAUGAGAGGCUCUCGGGCAGGCUCAAGCAAGCGGCUUUGAAGCAGAAUGCGCCAGCAAACAUCAAGGCCCAGGUUGAUAUGCAGACGUUCGUUUUG